AUGACAUUGACUUCUUCUAUCGCUAUGCUGGUUUUACUUAUGGUUGCCACUUCAAUUGAAGCUGUAUCAGAAUCGAGUAGCGAACCGGUUGUACACGAAGGUCAAUGUCCAUCCUAUAAUUCACCAUUUCAAAUUAUGUGCCGUCGUCGUGUUUGUCUUCCUGAAGAAUUAAUUCCACUAUGCAAAAUGGAUGGUGACUGCGCAACAACACACAAAUGUUGUCGUCCUCUAUGCUCAUGCAGAGUUCGUUGUGUCGAAGCUGUUUCAGCAUAG